GUUGGUUUACAUUUUUAAGUAUUUCCUGACUGAUGGUGAGGCUUGGACCUUUCACCAAGUAGGUUACAAAUCGGCCCACUCUACCUUACAUUGUUACACUAGUUGGCCGCCAUGUACGAAAAUGAGUACCAUACUCGAUGUCUUGAUAUUCGAUUGAUGUAACUACAAGAUUUUUGCUAAUGAAUAUCUUUCAAAUAUUUUUUAUUAUGAAAUAUAAUUGUAAUUAAUAUUGUAAGUUUUAAUGCAUUAAAAAAUAAAUUAUUUUAUACAAUAGGCUUAAAUACUAUUAUAAAAAUGGAAUACCCAAUAACAAAAUCUUGUCUUACAUUUAGUAUCUUAGAUUAACUUUCAUAUACGUUCAUUCAAUUGGCUACAGCUUGAUUGCAGUGCUGCUACUAUUGUACUUGUUAUGCUACUUUCUUAUAUAUUAUUAUUCAUCUCUAACUCUAAAAUCAUGAAGGAAUAUCGAUUUGUCAUGAUGUUGGUAUUUGAGUAUUUUAAUGAACACAAUUAAUGUCUCUCUAUGUGCAAUUCACAACCUUAUCUUUUUCCUUCUUUGAAAAUUAUUAUUAUUAUAAAUAAACAAGGAAACAGGCAACAGGGUUCCAAUUUGCAAAGUCAAAAGCUCUCGGCUGGUAUUGGUAAUGGUAAACCCCACGUCUCCAGAGAGAGUCUCCAACCAACUACCACUCUCAUAUCCUAAACAUUCAAAUAAAGCUCAUCAACAAGAAUAAGAGUCUGCAUCUUCACUAGUACUGAUAGUCGAGUGCUCAGUUGUUUACACAGGCAGGCUGACUUGUUUGGCUUUUUGAGGAUUGCAUAAUCUGAAUUAAGGUAAACCAUGUUGCAGUUGUUGUUUACAAUUGCUUUCUCUGCAGCGCCUUUGACUCUAUAUGUUCCUCCUAUGAGAAGCCUGAAUCUCUUCGUUGAGACCAUGGAGGAUCUGGUGAGGGAGUCCAGGGUUUAUACCGACAGACUCUACCCACGUGCUCGACUCGUGUGGUCUAGGAUCUUGGAUUGCAUGCUUUGCAACUUGAGGUUGGAUUAGAUUUAAUUAGAUUGUCUUCUGUCCUCCUGACAAACUUUAAUCAUCAGAUCUCAAUAUACAUAGUUUUGUGUUUCCUGUGCUGAUAAUAAGGCAAGAUAGAGAAUAUAUAAUAAGCCAAAACAUUCUUUUGGUGGUGCCAUGUUGUUUCUUAUUGUAUAUCUUUGCGGGAUAGGGUUCCUGUUGAAUUCAAUGUUGUUUCUUGAAUCUUAUGGAGAUGGGAUCCAUGUGAAAUGAGGAAUUUUCAGUAUAGUUUAUUUGUAGCUGUAGCCAUAGGUUAUCAGCUUAGAAAUUGCUUGUGUUCAGAG